AUGUCGCAAGCCAAGGCGAUGUACAAGGACGGGGCGGAGAAGCCAAAGAAGGCCCCUCCGGUUCCAAGGCCGAGCGCAAGCGUCCUCCUCCUCUCCCCCGACAACCAAGUCCUCCUCCUCCGCCGCGUCCGCACCUCAUCCUCCUUCCCCUCCGCCCACGUCUUCCCCGGCGGCAACGUCUCCGCCGCCCACGACGGCCUCGUCCCGGACCCCCUCCACCCUGACCGCCACCGCGACGGCCCCGCCUACCGCCUCGCCGCCAUCCGCGAAACCUUCGAGGAGAGCGGCAUUCUGCUCGCGCGCGAUCCCACCGGCCGCCUAAUCGAGGUGCCCGAGGCGGAGCGGGAGCAGGCGCGGAAAGACAUCUACGCCGGGAAGGUGAAGUUUGUGGACUGGGUGCGCGCGAAGGGCGGGGAGCCGGAUACGGAGGGGUUGGUGCCGUACACGCGAUGGGUGACGCCCACCGGUGUGCCGAAGCGGUUCACGACGCAGAUGUACCUGUAUUUCCUGCCGGUGGCGACGGCGGGGGCGGGGGGGAUCGGGCCGCUGGCGACGGAGAAGGACGUUGUGAUCCCGACGCCAACGCACGAUGGCGGGGUGGAGCACACGGCGGCGCGGUUCCUGGCGGCGGACAAAUGGCUCGCGAUGGCGGCGAGCGGAGAGAUCAUCGUGUUUCCGCCGCAGGUGUUUUUGCUGUUCCAUGUGGCGCGGUUUCUGGCGGGGCGGGGCGCCGAAGAAGGGAGGCGGCGAUUGGUGGAGUGGGUGGUGAGGGAGGGGGAUUUGGGGGUGGCGUGGAAGGAUAAGGUGAUCAGCCCGGAUCGGAUGGGUGGGGUGGUGGCGAAGGAUGGGAGGGCAGUGUUGUCGUUGGCGACGCCGGGGUUGGAGUUGAAAGGGAGUGAGAGGAAGGGGACGGCGGAGUGGGUGGUGUUCGUUGGGUUUAGUAAGGAGGGGCCGAGGAAGGUGGAGGUGAAGACGAAGGAGGAGGCGUUGAAGGAGAUUAAGGGGGAGUUGAAGCUAUGA